AGAUUUGAACAGUCUGAACAAAUCUGGUAAACAGAAGAAAAAUAAUAAAUGUGCUGAGAUGUUUGACUCGUUGACUCGUGACUCGGCUUUAAAACAGGACCAGCCCCUGACCCCUGACCCCCCAACACUGAAGUUACAUCCGGUCAGAUUUUAGAACUAUUUGAUUCUAUUUUAUUUGUCAUUCAUUUACUCUAAUUUUUUUUUUCAUGUUUGAUGAUGAACUUUUAGCUUCCGGUCGGUUUUCAUCUCCCUUUUGUGUUUUUCGAUAAUUUAACUGGAUUUUAUUUGUUCAGUUUAUGUUUAAGAUUAGGCUUUUAUUGUGAAGGGGCGGAACCUUUAUUUUGGCCUCGUGUUUCCUCCGGAGCACUUUACAGUGCGUGCAGCGGCGGGAGGUGCUGCGUUGAUUAUAAAUAAUAGUAUUAUAUCGUUUCUGACUCUUGUUUCUCUUCAAGCCUGAGACCACUAUGCACUGCGGCUGGACUCUGUCCGGCCCGCUCACCUGGAUCCGUUACGUCAACAAACAGGUGAAGGUGAAGGCGGGAAAAAAUGAAGAACAUCAAGGCUGGCUGCUGACUGUCGACCCGGUAUCCGCCAGUAUGGUGCUGGUGAACUUCCAGGCGGAGAGCGCGUCAGUGCAGGUAGUGAUGGGUCACGCUGUGGAGGAGGUCUCGGUCCUGCAGGAGGCAGACCAGGAGACCGCUGAGCGCCUCCGGACCGCCUUCCUGCCCCCGUCGCCCGGUGGGCUGGACCCGGACGAGCUGCGGAGGCGGCGGGGCAGCAUGAAGAGGUGGCUGGAGAAGAACCGGAUCCCAGUGCAGGAGGAGGGGGAGGAGCUGCGGGUGGCGGGGGUCCUGACCAUCGCGGCCCCCUACAGACCUGAAGACUGCAGCAGCUCCAACCAAAUCAUCUUGGACCGCAUCCAGAAACUGAUCCAGAGUCUGAUCCAGACCAGACACCUGCACACACACCACACACCCAGCGACCAAUCAGAGCACAGCAGCAGCUGAGCUCCUGUCUGCACUUUGACUCAUUUUGUCAAAUAAAAAUUUCUGAAGAUUGAA